GAGGGCAUCAUCUCAGCAUGUCCUGCAUGUAAAGCGAACUUCUUCAACCUGUUCUGCACGUUCACUUGCUCCCCCAACCAAUCACUCUUCAUCAAUGUCACCGACACCAAACCAAAGGGCGACAAAUUCGUGGUCACAGAGUUGAACCAUUUUGUAUCGAACGAUUACGGGUCGGAAUUCUACAACAGCUGCAAAGAUGUCAAGUUCGGAGCCACGAACGGCAACGCUAUGGAUUUCAUUGGAGGAGGCGCAAAGAACUAUACGCAAUUCCUCAAGUUCCUCGGCGACAAAAAGUUCCUCGGAAGCCCCUUCCAAAUGAAUUUUCCCCGACCAAACAAGACCGAAUACCCAGAUAUAGUGCCCAUGGACAAGACGGUCCGCAGCUGCAACGAUACUGACGAAACAUACCGAUGUGCUUGUGUUGAUUGUGGCGGAUCUUGCCUGGAUCUACCUGAGGUUACCGCAAAUAAGGCAUGUUACGUUGGGCUCCUGCCAUGUCUGUCAUUCGCCGUAGUCAUUGUCUACUCCGUCUUCAUCGGUCUUCUUGUCAUUGCCGUUUCUGGCCACGUCUGGUACGCGAAGCACUCGAGGCACAAGGCCGAACGAUUACGGCUGCUCCAAGAUUUAGACCCAAGCGAUGAUGAGGAUGAGGGAGAUAUGGUACAUAACGUCUCGAUGAUGGAUAGGCCGACGAAACAUUACUUCCUCAACACUGCUCUCGACAAGGCCUUCAGCAAACUCGGCUAUGUCUGCGCUCGCUACCCGGCCAUUACUAUCGUCACUAGCUUUCUCGUCGUCGUACUGAUGAGCUUGGGGUGGUUGCGAUUCACUGUGGAAACAGACCCAGUGCGACUCUGGGUUGCGCCGAACUCUGCUGCCGCGCAAGAGAAAGUGUUCUUCGAUGAUAACUUUGGACCAUUCUUCCGCGCCGAGCAAGCCUUCCUCGUCAAUGACACUCAUAAGUCUGGACCGGGGCCAGUGAUGAGUUACGACACUCUGGCAUGGUGGUUUGACGUCGAAAAUCGAGUCCAGCGCUUGCGGUCCUACGAGAAUGGAGACACCUUCCAGGACGUUUGUUUCCGGCCAACUGGGGAUGCUUGCGUAGUGCAGUCCCUUACACAAUAUUUCCAAGGAGACUUCGCGCACAUUAACCCAAAGAAUUGGCAAAAGCAGAUCUCGGAUUGUGCGAAUACCCCAACGGAUUGCCUACCUGAGUUCCAGCAACCUCUGGAUCCCAAAAUGCUCUUUGGAGCCUACAACGAGAGUGUCAUUGAUGCAAAAGCUAUCAUUGUCACCUGGGUCGUCAUUAACCACGCCGAGGGCACUGAGGAAAUACAGCGCGCGGCGGAUUGGGAGGAUAGUCUCAAGAGCUUAAUGCUUGCUGUUCAAGCAGAGGCUAGGGACCGAGGUUUGAGACUCUCUUUCAAUACCGAAGUCAGCCUAGAGCAAGAGUUGAAUAAAUCGACGAAUACGGAUGCGAAGAUCGUGGUCAUCAGCUACAUCAUCAUGUUCAUCUAUGCCUCCUUGGCCCUUGGGUCCACCACGCUGACGGUCAAAUCCGUGUUGGGCAACCCGUCAACCGCCUUGGUCCAGUCCAAAUUCAUGCUCGGUGUUGCUGGUAUCCUCAUCGUUCUCAUGUCCGUAUCAGCCUCCGUGGGUCUAUUUUCCGCAGCCGGCAUCAAGGUCACGUUGAUCAUCGCUGAAGUCAUCCCCUUCCUCGUCCUUGCGGUUGGAGUGGAUAACAUCUUCCUCAUCGUCCACGAAUUCGAACGCGUCAAUAUUAGCCAUCCCGAAGGAACCGUUGCAGAACGAGUUUCGAGAGCUCUAGGCCGGAUGGGACCUAGCAUCUUACUGUCUGCAUUGACCGAGACUGUGGCUUUUGCCAUGGGAGCUGCGGUUACCAUGCCUGCUGUUCGCAAUUUUGCAGCUUACGCCGCAGGAGCUGUGUUCAUCAACGCUCUCUUGCAGAUAACCAUGUUCGUGGCUGUGCUGUCUCUCAAUCAAACCCGCGUGGAAGCAAAUCGUGUGGACUGCUUCCCCUGCGUGCGUGUCAAGCGAUCAGAUUCUAGCUAUCUGGGCUACGCCGGUGGUGAAGAAGGGAGUCUGCAACGAUUCAUCCGGAAGGUUUAUGCACCAGCCCUCUUAGGCAAGAAAGCUAAAGUCGCCAUUCUCACCAUCUUCCUUGGUUUCUUCGCAGCUGGACUUGGCUUAUUCCCAGAGGUCGAACUUGGGUUGGAUCAGCGAAUUGCCAUCCCGACCGACUCUUACCUCAUUCCGUAUUUCAACGAUCUUUACGACUACUUCGAUGCCGGACCUCCUGUCUAUUUUGUUACCAAGGAAUUGAACAUCACUGAACGAGUACACCAACAGGAGCUUUGUGCACGAUUCUCUACUUGCCAAGAGACGUCGUUAGCGAACGUACUUGAGCAAGAGCGAAAACGGCCGGAAGUCUCGUACAUCGCAGCAUCGGCUGCAAAUUGGAUCGACGACUUUUUCUACUGGUUGAAACCGUCGAACGAAGAAUGCUGUGUUGAUGGAUCUAAGCCAUGCUUCGACGGGCGCGAUCCCGCCUGGAACUUCACUCUCUCGGGGAUGCCUGAAGGGGAGGAGUUCAUCUCUUAUCUAACCCGCUGGAUCGAGGCCCCCACAACAGCUGAAUGUCCCCUCGGUGGAGCGGCGCCUUAUAACAACGCGCUCGUCAUCGACGACAAGCGGCUUACGAUUCCCGCAUCUCAUUUCAGGACAUCACACACGCCUCUACACAGCCAGCGCGACUUCAUCGCGGCAUACACUGCCGCCCGCCGCAUCGCCUCUGACAUCUCCAAGAACACAGGGACUGAAGUGUUCCCUUACUCCAAAUUCUAUAUCUUCUUCGACCAAUACACCACCAUCGUCAAGGUCGCCGGCACCCUACUCGGCUCCGGCCUGGCUAUGGUCUUCGUCCUCAACACCGUGCUCCUCGGCUCAAUACAGACGGCUCUCGUUGUCACUGUUACUGUGGCCAUGAUUGUCACCGAUAUCAUCGGCACUAUGGCUCUUGCGGGUGUCUCCCUCAAUGCCGUCUCUUUGGUCAACUUAAUCAUCUGCCUCGGCAUCGGCGUCGAGUUCUGCGCUCAUGUCGCUCGCGCUUUCACCUUCCCGUCCCGCGCUGUCAUGGAGCGCGCGCCACGAAACAAAUUCCGCGCCCGAGACGCAAGGUCCUGGACCGCACUCGUGAAUGUAGGCGCGAGUGUCUUCAGCGGUAUCACAGUCACCAAACUCCUCGGCGUGUGCGUGCUUGCAUUCACACGCAGCAAGAUCUUCGAGAUCUACUACUUCCGCGUCUGGUUGGCGCUAGUAGUGUGGGCAGCUACCCACGCGCUAAUCUUCCUCCCCGUUGCAUUGAGCUUAUUUGGAGGCAAAGGUUACGUAGACCCGGAGUCUGAUGGGGGCUUGGAGCAGGAUUUGCGGAGUCGACAGUACCCGAGUCUGCUCAAUGACGAUGAGUAUGAUUAUGAUUCGGAUGAUUAAGGGGAUCAGAAGAGAGUGGAGAAGGGUGUAGGAUUGUGUAUUAUGAGAU